ACUAAGUUAUGCUUAUUCUUCAGCUCAAAUUCCCACCAAAACUAAGAAUUCAGAAUGUAAAAGUUACCAUAGCUCUAGAGAACAAAAGUAUCUGUUUCUUUUCAAGAAAUGUUCCACCACAAGAGGGAUAGAACAAGUGCAUGCCCAAAUCAUUCAAGCUGGAUUAACUCACAGCCUUUAUCUCCUAGGCAAGAUCAUUGCUUUCUGCGCUAUCUCUGAGCAGGGAUCAAUGGAUUAUGCUGUCUCCGUUUUUGAGCAUGCCGAGAGUUCAGAUGGGUUUCUGUGGAAUACAAUGAUCAGAGGGUUUGUGAGGAUUUAUGAGGUUGAAAGAGCAAUUGAAUACUACAAGAAAAUGCAGGAAAAUGGGAUGGGGGCAGAUAAUUUUACAUUUUCUUUCUUGUUGAAGCUAUGUGGGCAGUUGGGAUCCGGCAUGUUGGGAAAGCAGCUGCAUAGCAGUGUGGUGAAAUCUGGGCAGCAAAGCCAUGUUUUUGUGUUGAAUACUCUGAUUCAUAUGUAUGGUAUGUUGAAGGAUGUUGAGGUUGCUGACCAGCUGUUUGAGGAAAUUCCUAAACCAGGAUUGGUGGCUUGGAAUACCAUAAUUGACUGUCAUAUGAGCUGUGGGGAGCAUGCUAAGGCCCUACAUUUGUUUGAAAGAAUGCAGAAAUGUGGUGUGGGGUUUGAUGAGGCAACACUGGUUGUGACCCUAUCAGCUUGUUCAGAAAUGGGUGGUUUGGAUUAUGGGAGAUGGCUGCAUUUUCUUGUGGAUAAUAGUAGCCUUAGUAGAACUCUUCAGGUCUGCAAUUCGCUAAUCGAUAUGUAUGCAAAGUGUGGUGAAGUUGAAGAAGCAUACAGGGUAUUCGACAAGAUGAAUGUGAGAAAUUUAGUCACAUGGAAUACAAUGAUCUUAGGGUAUGCAAUCCAUGGCAAUGGAGAUGAAGCAUUGAAGCUCUUCUCCAGAAUGCUGAAUGAGAAGCAGUGUUUCCCCAAUGAUGUUACUUUCUUGGGAGCUCUGUGUGCUUGUAGCCAUGGAGGAAUGGUAGAAGAAGGGAAGAGGUAUUUCCACAUUAUGAUUCAUGACUUUCACAUUCAGCCAACACUGAAGCACUAUGGUUGCAUGGUGGAUGUUCUUGCCCGAGCUGGAUUCGUUCAGGAAGCGUACGAUCUGAUUACCAGUAUGCCGGGGAGAUGCAAUGAUGUGAUCUGGAGAACACUGUUGGGUGCUUGCAGGGUUCAUGGCAAAGUGGAAUUGGCAGAGGAAAUCAGAAGUCAUCUUCAACAAGAUCACAGCAGUGACUAUGUUCUUCUUUCUAAUGUGUAUGCAAGUGCAGGCUUGUGGAACAAUUUUAUAGAAGCAAGGAAAUCAAUGAGGGACAGAGGAGUCCAGAAGCCAGCUCCUGGUAAUAGUUUGAUCAAAUUCACACAAGAAUGAGGCUGCCAUUCUGCACUGUUUUGGCAGAGGCCUAAAGAGUCAAAUCCAACACCCGGCCUCUAAAAAAUGUAACAGAGCCAAAAAAAAUUUGGCAGUAUAAGGAAAUAAAGUUGCGCAUUUACUACAAGCUAUAACUUUUAGCGUAAUGGUAAGUAUUUAAUCUAACAAGUGGUAUCAGAACCAAAACUAUGCAGUUAAGGCUAGCAAAUGCUGGGAAGUGAAAUUGUUGGACAGAGACAGGUGAAGGGUCAAGUCCAACACCAGGUUGUUAGGGGGAUCGUCCUGUAGUAAUGCAUUCCAAUAUACAUCAAAAAGAUUGAGGCUUUAUACUGUAACAGGAGAUUCAUGUCUCAAAUUUCAGAAACUGGUUGAUUUUAUUGGAGAUGAACAAUGGAGUUACAGAAA